GAAUGGCUAGUCCUCGUUCAUCAACUUCAUCAAACCCACCAGAAAACGGAACGUCACUUAUUCCAAACGACUGCCCAUCGGCGCGAUUUAACACAACUCCCGCUUUGCAGGAAAGUCAGCAUGUAUCAAGAAUUGCAAAUCAUAAUCAAGAAAUUGACCAGGAAGAGCUUGAGGAUGAAGAAGAAUUGAAGUAUGGAGCAGCUCACGUAAUUAAACUUUUUGUCCCUGUCUCACUAUGCAUGAUGGUUGUUGUGGCAACCAUCAGCUCAGUAACCUACUAUACACAAAAAGGAAUAUACUUGGUAUAUACACCAUUUCAUGAAGAUAGCCCAGACACUGGAACCAAAGUGUGGAAUGCUGUGGCAAAUUCAGCAAUUCUUUUGGGUGUAAUAGUAGUAAUGACCAUUUUUCUAAUUCUACUCUAUAAAUAUCGUUGCUACAAAAUCAUUCAUGGCUGGCUGAUCAUGUCAUCACUUAUGCUGCUGUUCAUAUUUGCAUACCUUUACCUGGGAGAGGUUCUACGGACAUACAACAUUCCACUCGAUUACAUUUCACUAGUAUUCAUCAUGUGGAAUUUUGGAGUAGUUGGAAUGAUUGCAAUUCACUGGAAAGCUCCUCUUCAUUUACAGCAAGCCUAUUUGAUAUUUGUUGCAGCAUUAAUGGCUUUAGUUUUCAUUAAAUAUCUUCCUGAAUGGACAACAUGGGUUGUUCUAGGUGUGAUUUCAAUUUGGGACUUAGUAGCUGUCCUCUCACCUCGUGGACCUUUACGUAUCCUGGUUGAAACGGCACAAUCCAGGAACGAGCCUCUUUUUCCUGCUCUUAUUUAUUCUUCUACGGUGGCAUAUAUAGCCGUAAUGGCCACGGACCAAUUACCAACCAGCAAUAACGAAGCUUCUGCGAAUGGAUCAAGGAGCCCAACAGAAGGCGGUUUUACGCCUGCCUGGAACCAAGAAGCUGAACAGCGAACAGAAGCAAGACGGAAUAGAAUCCAAGCAGCAACCACAGAUGUCCAUAGAGCUCCUCCCCAGCCCCAACCCAUUACAGAAGAGAUUGAAGAUGAUGAAGAAGAAAGAGGUAUAAAACUGGGGUUGGGAGACUUCAUCUUCUACAGUGUUUUGGUUGGUAAGGCUUCUUCAUAUGGAGACUGGAACACAACAAUUGCCUGCUUUGUUGCAAUUCUAAUUGGACUUUGCUUGACUCUGCUGUUAUUGGCGAUAUUUCGAAAGGCCCUACCUGCACUUCCUAUUUCAAUUACUUUUGGUCUGGUAUUUUAUUUUGCAACUAGCAAGCUUGUUGCUCCAUUUGCAGAUUCGCUUACUGCACAACAGAUUUUCAUUUGAUUAUUUACAUCUGUAUUCAAGUCUACCAUUGUGUCCAAAAACUUAACUCCUUUACUGUAAUGAUUUUAAUUGCAUCUGAAGAAUAAAAAAAGAUCUUGAAGAAUG